AGCCAUUGAGUCGAAACCAGCCGACAUUCACUUCUCAGAGCUCGACUUGAGUAGACGGAGCCUGGAGAUAUCGCGAAAAAAUUAACAAAUCACCAAGAACCAAGAACAAGAAGUGAAACAGACAGAAGUGCGUUUUGCCUCAUAAAGUCGCAUAAGCUGUUUGAAAUUUUUUUGUGAUAAAAACUGUGUGAAAAAAAAAAAAAUAACAAAAAUAUAUAUUGAGCCGAAAAAGCCAAAGAACGCGACCGACAGAAACAAAAAUAAAACGCGUCUAGCCGAACAGCUGUUCCGCAUCUCCACGUCGCUCUCAAACGCCCACUCGGACUCGCGCGCGCACUCUCCACAUUCAGCGGAGAAACGGAAACGGAGACGGCGACUCUCUCGACACUCUCCACCAGCGACCGAGGAAUUCAGCCCCAGCCGAGCAUUAACAGUUUCAAAAUUUGAAAUUUUGUUAUCGCGCAAAACUGAAAUCGCUGGUCACCGCGGACGGACGUGUGCGGACGGAACUCUCUGCUCUUGUCGUGCGAAGAACGGAAUAGAAGGAAUCGAACCUCAUACCGAUCGAAACUGAAAGGCAGAACCAGGCAGGAGUCGAUGAAAGUUAGCUGUUGGCCAGCCAGCGAAAGCAAAUGCGAAUUAAACGGAUCGCGGCUUAAAGACUGAAAAACACACACGUGGAUUGUUCUCGUUCACACACCCUCUCACACCCAAAAAACACUCAGCCACUCUCACACAAAAUAAAAAAAAAGAAACGGAAACGGCAGCUAUAACUAAACUGUUCGCUGCAUUUAUAAAAACAAAGACUGAUUAAAACGCUAAAUAUUUACAAUAAACGAAACAAAGUUAAACACGCGAACAGCAAGCUAAAAUAUAAUACGGGUUUAAAGCGAAUUCCAAAGCAAAAACAUAUGGAUUAAGGUUCCUCCUCUCAAGCAGUAAAGCUAAAUCGAAAAAAAAGUUAUAAAACUCACACACUCACGGAUUACCUGCAGCAGCAAUUUACCGUUAGCCGCUCUUUUUGGAUUACCAGUGCCAAAAAAAAAUAAAUAAAAAAUAAAAAGUAACAAAAAUAUAAAAAUAAAUUAUAGAAACAAAACAGAAGAAAGAAAGAGAAAAAGUGAAUUUGAAAAUUUGUAUUUUUUCGAAAGUGAGAAGCAAAACCCAACAAAAAUGCAAAAAUUCUAAACGAAGCGACAAAGCAACCAAAAGCGAUUUCUGUGUUACAUCGACAAGAAGCUUAAAAGCAGCUACUAGCACUCAGCAAUGACGAUGGCCGCUUGCUACGCCAACUACGACAUGUCGUCCCUAUCGCACGGCAUGUCCGCCCUCACGGCUCUGCAGCAGCAGCAGCAGCAACAACAACAGCAGCAGCAGCAGCAGCAGCACAGCCAGGCGCAGCAGCAACAGCAACAGCAGCAGCAACAACACCAUCACCAGCAGCAACAGCAGCAGCACAUGUACCACGCUGCAGUGGCUGCCCACCAGCAGCAGUUGUUGCAACAGCAGCAGCAGCAGCAGCAACACCACCGCCAGCAGCAACAUCACCAGCAGCAACAACAGCCCGCCUCCAACACUCGCCACAGCCAUGCGGCGGCGGCCCAAACGCAGGUCGCCGCCGCGGUUGCCAGCAGCAGACAACAACAACAACAACAGCAGCAACAGCAACAGAGCGCCAAUAGCAGCAGCAACAGCGGCAACACGGCGCCCGCCGCCUCACCACAGAAGGACUACAGCAUCCCGUUGCACGUCGACUGCAGCGUGGAGUACGAGCUGCCCAACCAGCCAAAGCCGCCGGCGGGACAGCGCGUGGAGCCGCUGCUCAUGAUCCAUCCGUGCUACUUCCGCAAGAUGGAGUCGCAGCGGCGCAGUCCGUUUGUUAACAACAUGCAGGCGACGGCCAGGGCGGUCAGCAGCAGCGCCCUGAGCAGCGGCGCCGCCCUGGGAGGAGGUGGCAGUGGAGCGGCGGUGGCCUCCGCCCCCAGCAGCAGCGCGGCAAGACGCGGCGCCCGCCAGACAGUCGCACAGCAGCAGCAGCAACACAGCCAGGCGCAACAGCGGCAGGUGUACCAGCAGCAACAGCAACAGCAGCAGCAAAUGCGUCAGCAACACCAGCAAAUGUCGCAGAUGUCGCAGCAGGCACACUAUCCUGUGCAACAGCAGCAGCAGCAGCAGUCAAGUCUGGAGCACGUGCGCCGCCAGCACAGCCACAGCCAGGCGCAGCAGCAGCAUCAGCAGCAGCGCGCCAGCAGCAACCAAAGUCGCCAAAGCCAAAGCCAAAGUCAGAGCCAUGCAGCCACCUCAGCGGCAGCAGCGGCCGCGGUCCAAGCCCAAGCCCAGGCCUCGAUAGCCGCCGCGGCCGCCGGCCAAUGGGACCAGCUAGCCGCGGCGCUGGCCGCCCGCACCGCCCUCACACCGCACCACAUGUUGGCCGCCCACCCGCACCAUCCUCCGGCCCAGUCGCUGUACGCCGCCAAGGGCAGCGGGGGCAACAGCAGCAGCAGUGCCGCCGCCUCCGGCAAGCGGGACGCCAUGAUCUCCGGCAGCAACUACGGACAGACGGCGGCCUCCGGCGGCAAGUUGCAAGCACAGCAGCAGCAACAGCAACAACAGCAGCAGCACUGCCUGCCGCCACCCUGGGAGGCGACGUCCAUGCUGAUGGAUAGGUCGCCAAUGGCCACAGUUCCUAGUAAUUAUCAGGCCGGCCCUGACACCAAUCCCAUGCGCCUGUACUCUGCCACGCCCGCGACAGGGGCGGCAGCGGGAGCGGCGGGUUCGUCGGCGGGCGGCGGUGGCGGAAGCGGCGGCGGAGCGACAUCGGCAACGGACAAGCUGAGCGGCAAGUACAGGCAGUACUUGCGGUCGCAGCGGAUGCAUCCAUAUGCUUCGCUUAAUCUGGCAGCCGCCGCCGCUGCCGCCGGCAACUUGGGGCAAACAUCGUUUGUGCCCUUCAGCUCGGCGGCCACGGCGGUGGCGGCCACGCCCACAUUCCAGCAUCUGCCGCAGAUCUCCUGCUACAAUGUGUGAUCAUCCGCAGGACAAAGGCAACAGCAACAUAAGCAGCAGCCGAAGCAGAAGCAGCCGCAACAUCAUCAUCCGCAGCAGCAGCAACAGCAGCAACAUGCAACAUGCAACUGAGACAGGCGCCUACAAAGUACGCGUCGAUGAAAUAGCCGCCUCAAGGAAUAACCAAUAGAUCCUCCCCCGUAAACAGUAAUCCCCCAAAUAUAUACGCCCCCUCAAAGCUUUUAGAAUCAAAAAGAAUAAGAUGAAGAAGAAAAGUAAAAAGCAAGAAUAAUUAACAUUAAAAAUAUUAAGAACGAAUUAAAAAUUGAAUUCUGUUUAGCUGCUACGAGUAAUUGUUGUCACGAUGAGAGAUGAACGAGAGAAGAGAAAUGGAGCGAUCUUUUUUUCUUUUUAGUAAUGGUAGUAAUUGAUAAACGAAACAAAAACAAACAACAAAAAAAUGCAAACUAUUGUAGUGAUAUUUGUUAUAAAAUAAUUUUAGUAAUUAAUUUAAUUUAAAUUAAACAACAAAAAACCAGAAAAAACAAACAAACAAACAAGAAAAUGCAGAAGCUCUGUCUGUGUUACCAACCAACAAACAGAAGAAACAAGCAAACAAACAACAUCAACAUCAGUAAUAUAACAUCCAACAAACAACAACCAACCAACCAACAACAACAACAACUGCUAAAAAUUACACUUACGCAUAUUCUGAACAAAAAAAAAAAAGUAAUUGAAAAUCAACAAAAUGUUAUAACAAGCAAGCCAUUAUUGAAAGAAUACAACAAAUAUGAAAAGUAAAAAUUAUUACCGAUCGAAUGAGAGAGAAAAUAGAAAUCAACAUAAAACCAACACAAAAAAAACAAAUAUGAAUAAAAUUAUUCAAAAUUAUGCAACGUAAUUUGAAGCGAGAUAUGCAAAAAAUUAA